UCUCGCCCCGUCACCUGGAAACCACAGGAGCCACGAGACCCUCCGACAGGUGCGAAGCCGUACACGUGCCAUGGAUGAUUCUGGGAUCAUCCGGAGACGGAGGCUGCAGAAGGAUCUACCUCUGCCCCGAAAAAGUAGCAGUUGCAGAACCAGUAACCGGAAAAGCCUCAUCCUGACCAGUACUUCCCCCACCCUGCCACGGCCACACUCUCCGCUGCCUGGACACAUAGGAAACAGUCCGUUGGACAGCCCGCGCAACUUCUCACCAAGCGGACCGGCCCACUUCUCCUUCGCCUCUUCUCGCAGGGCUGAUGGUCGUAGAUGGUCCUUGGCUUCUCUGCCUUCCUCAGGAUAUGGCACCAAUACUCCCAGUUCAACGUCAUCCAGCUCAUCCCAGGAGCGUCUGCACCAGCUGCCCUUCCAGCCAACCAUGGACGAGUUGCACUUCCUGUCCAAGCACUUCGGCAGCACCGAGAGCAUCACGGACGAUGACGGGGGCCGACGCUCACCGCACGUCCGCCCUCGCUCUCGAAGCCUCAGCCCGGGGCGCUCUCCAUCCUGCUAUGACAAUGAAAUAGUGAUGAUGAACCAUGUCUACAAGGAGCGCUUCCCCAAGGCCACAGCUCAGAUGGAGGAGAGGCUGGCGGAGUUCAUCCACAACUACUCCCCAGAGAGCGUUCUGCCGCUGGCCGAUGGGGUCCUCAGCUUCAUCCACCACCAGGUGGCUGAGCUGUCCAGGGACUGCCUGACCAAAUCACGUGAGGGUCUGAUUACCAGCGUCUACUUCUGUGAGCUGCAGGAGAACCUGGAGAAGCUGCUGCACGACGCGUAUGAGCGCUCGGAGAGUUCGGAGCUCACUUUCGUCAUUGAGUUGGUCAAAAAGCUCUUCAUCAUCAUAUCUCGUCCAGCCAGGCUCCUCGAGUGUUUGGAGUUCAACCCUGAAGAGUUUUACCAUCUGCUGGAGGCAGCGGAGGACCACGCCAAGGAGGGCCAGCUGAUGAAGGCAGACAUCCCUCGAUACAUCAUCAGCCAGUUGGGGCUGACCCGAGACCCACUGGAGGAAAUCGUGAGCCUUGACAGCUAUGACAGUGAGGGUCCACAUACCCCAGAGACGGAUGACUCAGCAGAGGGAAAAGGGAGAGCCAUCAAGCCUCCGAGCGAGGAAGAUUUCCAGAGCAUCAAACUGAUCAGCAACGGAGCUUAUGGCGCUGUCUACCUGGUGCGCCACAGAGAGACACGUCAGCGUUUCGCCAUGAAGAAGAUCAACAAGCAGAAUCUGAUCCUGAGGAACCAGAUCCAACAGGCGUUCGUAGAGAGGGACAUCCUCACCUUCGCAGAGAACCCCUUUGUCGUGUCCAUGUUCUGCUCCUUUGAAACACGGAGACACCUGUGCAUGGUCAUGGAGUAUGUUGAGGGUGGGGAUUGUGCCACUUUGUUGAAGAACAUUGGGGCUCUGCCUGUUGAGCUGGCAAGGAUGUACUUUGCUGAGACCGUUUUAGCCUUGGAAUACCUGCACAACUAUGGCAUCGUGCAUAGAGACCUCAAACCUGACAAUCUACUGAUCACCUCCAUGGGACACAUCAAGCUGACAGACUUUGGCUUGUCAAAGAUGGGUCUAAUGAGCCUCACCACCAACCUGUAUGAGGGACACAUUGAAAAAGAUGCCAGAGAGUUCCUGGAUAAGCAGGUGUGUGGUACUCCAGAGUACAUCGCUCCUGAGGUGAUUCUCCGUCAGGGCUACGGGAAGCCGGUGGAUUGGUGGGCCAUGGGCAUCAUCCUCUAUGAGUUCCUGGUGGGCUGUGUGCCUUUCUUUGGAGACACCCCAGAGGAGCUGUUUGGACAGGUCAUCACAGACGACAUAGUUUGGCCAGAAGGUGAUGACGCCUUGCCUGCAGAUGCUCUGGCCCUCAUCUCUGCCCUGUUGCAGACCAACCCUCUUGUGAGGUUGGGUACAGGUGGAGCGUUUGAGGUGAAGCAGCACUCGUUCUUCACAGAGCUGGACUGGAACACUUUGCUGAGGCAGAAGGCGGAGUUCAUCCCUCACCUGGAGUCAGAGGAGGACACCAGCUACUUUGAUACCCGCUCAGAUCGUUAUCAUCACAUCAAUACGUACGACGAGGAUGACACCAAUGACGACGAGCCUGUGGAGAUCAGACAGUUCUCUUCCUGCUCUCCUCGCUUCAGCAAGGUGUACAGCAGCAUGGAGCAUCUGUCUCAGCUGGAGCAGAAAGCGUCGACCUCAGUGUCCCGUCGGGAGCACAAGGGCCCGCGGGAGGACAAGGUGACCAAGAGAGAGAGCCUGGGCAGCUUCACCAUGAGAGACAAGAGCUGGAGGACGGGGUCCCCCGAGAUGAAGCGGCUGUCUUGUUCAGAGUCCCUCCACAUGGAGGGGGAUGCAAGCCCUCCCCUUGGUGCUCGCCGACGCUUCUCAGCCCUCAUGGAUACACAUCGUUUUGCCUCACCCCAAGACGGUGAGCCAGACUUCCUGUCCCGCCAGGUGCCCAUCAAGGUCCGUGGAACCUCACUGGAUGGGACCAUUUCUCCCUCACCGAGCCUCCUGGAGCAGAGGAACAGUUUGAAGGAGAUCAACGGAGCAGACAAAUCCCCUAGACACGGAGAGACACCGGGAGUCACCACAGCCAUCGCAACAUUAUCCCCAGGUCCUGCGGCAGCCGCUCGCGACGUGAUGACUCCUCUGUAUGACCCUCUGGGGCCCCGGGCCACCAAUGACCUGGUCCUCCGCAGGGCGCGCCACCAGCAUUUGUCUGGUGAUGGAGAGAAACGCAACUCCAGGCCUGGAAACAAGGUUAUCAAGUCGGCCUCUGCUACAGCCUUGUCUGUCAUCAUUCCAUCAGUGGAGCAGCAUGGUGGCUUCUCUCCACUGGCCAGCCCCAUGUCUCCCCACUCUUUCUCCUCCAACCCCUCGUCCCGCGACUCUUCACCCAGCAGAGAUUUCUGCCCAGCUGUCAGCGUGCUGCGCUCUCCCAUCACCAUCCAUCGCUCUGGAAAGAAGUACGGCUUUACUCUCAGAGCCAUCAGGGUCUACAUUGGCGACAGUGAUAUCUACAGCGUCCAUCACAUUGUUUGGCAUGUGGAGGAUGGCGGCCCUGCCCAGGAAGCUGGCCUGUGUGCUGGUGACCUCAUCACCCACGUCAACGGGGAGCCCGUCCAUGGCCUGGUCCACACUGAAGUGGUAGAGCUCAUCCUCAAGAGUGGAAACAAGGUGACGGUGACAACCACGCCUUUUGAGAACACCUCCAUUAAAGUGGGUCCGGCCCGCAAGGCCAGCUACAAGUGUAAGAUGGCCCGACGAAACAAGAGGACCAUGGGCAAGGACGGCCAGGACAGCAAGAAGCGGAACUCAUUGUUCCGUAAGAUCACGAAGCAGUCCAAUCUGCUGCACACCAGCCGCAGCCUGUCCUCUUUGAACCGCUCUCUGUCCUCCAGUGAGAGUCUUCCUGGCUCCCCAACUCACAGCUUGUCUGCCCGGUCCCCGACUCAGGGCUACCGCUCUACCCCUGAGCCCUCAUACCUGGGUGCCUCCUCCCAGAGCAGCUCUCCGGCCUCCAGCACUCCAAACUCCCCCGCUCCGUCUCAGCACAUGAGGCCCAGCUCCCUGCAUGGCCUGUCCCCUAAACUCCACCGCCAGUAUCGCUCUGCCCGUUGCAAGUCUGCUGGUAACAUCCCCCUGUCCCCACUGGCCCACACACCCUCCCCCACACAGUCUUCGCCGCCUCCCUUGCCUGGCCACACCGUGGGGAGCUCCAACACCACCCAGUCCUUCCCCGCCAAGCUCCACUCCUCGCCACCAGUGGUCCGUCCCAGACCCAAGAGUGCAGAGCCCCCUCGAUCGCCUCUUCUGAAACGGGUACAGUCAGCAGAGAAGUUGGGCUCGCCUCUGACCCAGUCCAGUUCUACAGGAGGGCUGGGGGGUCCGCUGAGGAAGCACAGCCUGGAGGUGCAGCACUCUGAGUACCGUAAAGACGCCUUCCUCUGUGAGCUCGGGCUCCAGAGCCUGCUGGAGACAGAAGGGGAAAAUUUGCCCCCCAAUCCUCCACCCCUGCCCUCAUCCUCAACUACCCCAGAGACCGGGGUCCUGAAGCCUGUGAGGAGACUUGGGAGACAAGAGUCACCACUUAGCAGGGAAACACUGCUGGCUGGGAGGGAGAGGGAAGAGCGGGAGAGGGGGAGGGAGAGGGAGAGAGAGAGGGAGAUCGAUACCGCAACAGUCCUGGAGAGAUUGAGUCGGGUUGGAGCCACAGUGUCCCCGUCAUCCUUAACAAGGAAACCUCAUACAGGUGAGCUGCCCUUGAGCUCGCACGCUGGCCCGAGCUCCAGACUAAGUGCAGAGACCACUAAAGCUACAACUCCUAGUACCCCUACCAAAACAACAGCAAGUUUAGGUGCUCAGAAGGGGCCUGAAAAGAGUCUGGCUGACUUAACUCCAAAACAGCCGGACCACAAGGCAGCCAAAGGUGUGUUAUCUAGUAAAGAUCCCAGGGAGCAGCCAGGAGACAGAACUGAACCAAAGCAGGAAGGAAACAGCAAGAGUAGGCCUGGUUUACCUGGUGCUGCCUUCACCAAGAGCUCUGCUUCUACUCCAGAUAAAUCCAUCGGCAUCAGCGCGACAGUGACAGCAGGUCCUCUGAGCAUGAACAAAACCUUUAAACCAUCAGGUGUCGGGGACAGCCUGAGAAAGGCUGGAGAAGAGAGCAGUGACUCGAGGACUCCAGACCUCGGCUCCAAAAGCCCCAAACUCCCAGCUCGCAUUCUCGCCCCCGUCGUCCCCCCACAUGGGCAGCCUCUCUCGCUGGGCAAGGUGAGGCAGGGACUUGGCCCUGUCAACUGCUACCGCGGAACCCUCGACUGGGAUGACAAAUGUCGCCUGGAGGUGGUGGAGGAGCAUUCGCCUUCUCCCUCUCCCUCCCCGACUGCCGUCACCCCCUCCCUCUGCGGACCUUCCCUCUGUAAGUCGCGGCCUGUCUCCCCUGGCGAAAAGACCAGCUUCGUCAGCCAGCUGACCACUGUGGCCAAAAACGUCCUCGGGCCAAUCAAGCUUGGCUCCCAGGAGGGGGCCAAGAGCAAAGACCAGCAGACUAAGGCAGCGGAGGAGAAGCAGGGGGGCUCAGCAGGAAAGUCUGACACUCCCGCUGGAGGUCGAGUGGUUGUUGGGGCCGCGGUGGUGACCCAAAGUCCUGCUGGUUCACCGUUAGAGAAGGCUGCAACAGGUAGCAGCCCGCCGAAAAUGUGACCCCAUGGGGUCCCUAAAUGGGACUGUAGUCGUAAAAAAAGAUGCCUUUUUUGGAAGAACAAUGCAACAGAAGUCAAGCACUUAAAAACAAUGUACAUUCCAGUUUCAGAGUAUAUGAAAAUGUUAUUUAUUGAUUCCAAUCAAUGACUGAUUCUAACUUAAAACCAGGAGUGGAAUAAUCUACUGUAAAGGUGCAUUAUCUGUUGAUUUUCUAUUAUAAAGUAUUUAAUAAGAAGACUCUUAAUGUAACGUGGAACACUUUAUCAGAUGUAUAUGUGUGUGGGUCUAUGUGAACGCAUGUCAUAUGGUAUGUACUGUACAUGUAUUAUAGGUACAAGAAGGUCAAAAAGUGCUUUACCGAUCAAAACAUGCUGAAUACUGUGAAUACCAAAUCCAGUCACUCUAUUUUGUCUUUCAACCAGCCCUUUCUUCUUUAUCACACGAGACGAAACAUGGGGAAGAACACAGACAAACUCUAAUAUUUGCAUCAAACAACAUGAAUGACACGCAGCCUCAGCUUGGCUACGGCGGGAAAAGCCAGCAAUGAGAUGAUUGGGCUCAUUUCUUCUUCAUCCAGCAGUUUACUGACUUGAUGUGCACAGUCAGACAAAGUCAAAGUAGGCCUUCUGUCAGUGGAUGUCACAUCAAGCACUGUUCGGCUUUGUCUGUCGCAAGGGAUUGUGUGUGCGUGUGUGUGUGUGUGUGUGCGUGUGUGUGUGUGAAGCCACCUUGGGUCUAUUUCUGGUGGUUCUUGAAGGCUGUGUCCUGCUGCCGAGGAAAGCGGGGUUGACAGAGCUCAGGCUCAGCGCUUAUCUCCUCUUCGCAGGAGGGCCACCACAGCCCUUUUCUCCCUCUUCCGCCGACUGCACACAAACACACCCACACACACACACACACACUCUUGUGCACAAACACAUGUACGCACGCUCACACUGCCACAGGAGGCAGCAGUGUCAGCAGCUUAUUUCCAUGCAUUUAAAUCCAUACCCCUGUGGUCCAUGAAUCAGGACGUGAGUGCGUUUGCGAGUGAGUGAGUUAAGAAGUGUGUGAGCACACGUGUGUCUUUUUAGGGGGUAAUCACACUUGGCACGGUUGACUCAGCAAGGGUAAGGACAGAAACCAAACUGGAAAUAAGCAGACAGCAGUUAGGAUCCAGUAACAGUUCUCAAUGCUCUGCUACUUUAUUAACAAAUCACAGAGACACAGGGAUGAUUACUUAUGUGGAUGUAAAAAAGCACAUAUACAGUGAACCCAUGUGUUGUUUUGAGGCCAAUCAGGUGAAGCAGGCAGUCAUGGAUGUAGCAUACUGUAAUCUGUUAAAGGGCUCCAUAGCUAAGGUAGGGUUUGUGGAUAUGGGCAUGGUACAGUAUAUCACAAUGAACCUGUUCCUGUAAAAACAAGGUUAUAUACAGUAUAAUCAGAAUGACUGUUGUUACAGCAGAUACUACACGGUAGGUAGUCAAGAUCGAUUAAUGUAAUACUCACAUUUUGAAAAUGUAACAUACUGAUAAAGGUGUUUGGAUCAAUCAUCUCAGCUAGAGUGCUGAGGAGGAUUAAAUGUUGGCAGGAAAAAACAGCUUUCUUUUCUCCCACUGGUCAUUUUCAUCUCCUUAGUAGUUCAUUCUCAGUAACUAUCCACUGUACAUAAUCUUAUGCAAAUCGUUUACAGCUGUGUGGGGGGUUGCUGUCACUAAUCCUGCUACUAGUUGAUUUACCGAGUUGGGACAGAAGGCUGGGUUUUUUACAAUUCAAUCCAGCUUUCUUUUGAUGCGUUGUUAAAAAUCACUUCAUCACAGAGAUUUGAUUAAAAUGACUGAUUCUUUGAAGCACUAAAAUGUAACUGAUUCAACCAACAACAGCAACUUCACACCAAGGCAGAAGUUAAUUUAUUUUCUAGUGCAAAGUUAAGUCUCAAAGUUUUGCUAAAUAUUCAAGUUUGUUCUCCAGCGUCUGCUAAAAGCUACAUAGAGCUACAGAGCAGGAAGUUCAUUUGUGCGGUAUUGGCAAUAUUCAAUUUUUUUUACAUAACCAGUCAUUAAUAUAAAAAAAACAUUUUUGAAUGCAUCUUAGCUUUACUGCAAUAUCAAUUGAUUUGAAAUUUUGUGAGAAGGAUUCUAUGAGCAAUCCAUCCUGGAGGCUCAUGAUGUUUGUCCCAUUCAGUAACCAGUGAAUUUUUAAUUCGGCACUGUACUGUACUGCCCUCCAGUGGUUCAACAUAUCCACAGUUGAACACGAUUCCAAAAAAUGAAUAACCCGUUGGGGUGACAGUCCCAGACCGUAAUGAGGCGCAGACCACCCAAAAUACUGCAGAAUGGAUGUUAUUAGCCAUAGGGUUACUGAAUAUGCAUUUAUGUUUCUAUUGACAAAAUAUUUGCAGUAAUUAUCAAAUGAACACUUGAAACAUGAAUUUAUUCCUUUUUUGUUGUUGUGUCCUUCACAUGACUGUUAAUUACAUCUUCUGGAAUAGGGAUUAAUAUUUUUAAAUAUACUGUCUUAUGUAUUCUACUGUUAGGAAAGAGUUCUUUUAUAUCUUGAUGUAAUAAAUGAGUCAUCAGGUCAACUCUGAUCACCUGAUUAAGAAAACUUAACUGUAAUGUAACCUUAUACAGCUGUAAUGCCCACUUUCAGGCCUUUUCCCAAUCAGUGGUGUCUAUACUAGUGUUACAUGUUUGAAAAUUUCUUUUUUCUUUUUGUGACUG